AUGCAGUACACUCUCGCUAGCAGCCUCCUUCUCCUCACCGGCACCACCCUGGCUGCCCCUGUGGUUGAGCAACGUGCCGCCUGCGCCGACGUGCACAUCUUUGGCGCGCGCGAGACGACCGUGUCGUCAGGCUUCGGCUCGGCCGGCACCGUCGUCAACCUGAUCAAGAACGCCCACCCGGGCGCCACCACCGAGGUCAUCGACUACCCGGCUGCGGGCGGCAACAGCUAUGGCUCGUCGGUCCAGACCGGCACCAAGGCCGUCGCCUCGCAGGUCGCGGCUUACGUCAAGGCGUGCCCGAAUGCGAAGAUCGUGAUGGUUGGAUACUCGCAGGGCUCGCAAAUCAUGACCAACGCCUUCUGCAACGGCGGCGACGUCAACCAGGGCAUCACCGACACCACCGCCCCCAUCUCCAGCGACGUCGGCUCCCAUGUCGCCGCCAUGAUCUGGAUGGGCAACCCCCGCCACAAGCCCGGCGCGUCCUACAACGUCGGCACCUCCACUGCCGCAGGCUUCGAUCCCGAGGCCCAGGAGUGCACCGCGUAUGCCGACAUCAUCCAGUCGUACUGCGACGCCGCGGACCCCUACUGCUCCAACGGCAGCGACGCGUCCGUCCACCAGGGUUACGGCACUGAGUACGGCCAGGCUGCGCUUAAGUUUGUCAACAGCAAGCUCGCUUGA